AUGGCCUCCAAAAGAUCACGGUCGGAAAUGGAAGAGGAUGAAUGCGAGAAAAAGCAUAAAGCGAUAGCGCUCAUUAGGGCAGCUACAAAAGCUGCUAUGGAAACCGUGGCGAAGGAUGAGUUUGGGAAGAUCUUUGCCGAAGCAGAAUUGAUCAUUGCGAGACGGUUGGAGAAAAAGAAACCGAGAAAUCGCUCGGGAAAUGAACAAGGACAAUCGGGGACCAAUGGUGAAGGCAGUUCCUCGAUCGUGCAGCGCGGUUCGGAGCAGAGUGCACAAAGUGGGUCUUCAGUGGCCGAGCAAAGUAUGGAGCUUCAAGGAAGCGAUAAUACUUCCAGUGCCCAGAGGUUGCCGGCUUGGUAUGAAGGGAAUAUGUCUUGGCCUUCGAAAGGUCGGCGGCGAGGUCCAAAGCCGAGGGAGAAAAGUCAAGAAGAAAUUGAGACAGAACGACACCGUAUCAUGACAGGAAUUCAACGAGAUUUCGAUUGGAAUCCCGAAACUAACACUUGGAUGCAGAGAGGUCUAGUACCUAACCACGUGCACACGACGGUGAAGCCUGGAUCAACAGCAUUCCGCGACGCAGCCGCUCGUCGACAUCUCGAGGGAUGGCUUAGCGACGACAGAGGUCGUGCCAUGUGGGCCUACAUCAACUCUAUCCGAGACGCCAUCCCCAUCGACGACCCAUAUCGGUUUUCCGAAAUGUCUCCGCAUCGGCUCUCAGAUCUCUCUCCCGAAUGCAUGCAGACACUACGAUCCGCAUGCGAGCUGCUCACCAAUACAUCGUGGGAGCUGGGCGAAUUGUGGAAUUUCAUGCUCCUCACGCGCUACUACUCGGGUAAUAAAUGGGGAGCCGCGCGCGGCUUCGGAUCUAAUGAAGCUGAGCGAAUCAAGGAAUACAUCAGCCUAGUGCGCACGAUCGCCGAACAAAAACUAAUACCGCAUCGACCGAUUCCCUGGCGUAAAUUCUUCUACUACGAGCCGCCGUCGAUGGAAACGCUCAAGGGAUUCGGUCUCGUGUAUCAUCCGUGUGGACUGCUGGUUCCCGAUACGUUUGAGAAUGGCUGGUAUGUUCCGCCGAUAUUUCGGGGCGAGGAACAUUUGGCGGUAGUGAGGUUUUAUAAAAAUGGGGGGAUUUGGUUGGAUAGGGAAAGUAUGGUGGCGCCGAUUGAGGCAAAACCUAGGUAUAGGAGUCCUGGGAAGAAACAGGGGGAGUCGUUGGUGGUGGAUACGCCGUUUUUGGCGAGCGAGACGGCGUUGAUGAGGGAGGUGCAGAGGGCGUUUGCGGAGGGGGUUAUGUGUGGGAGGAGGUUGUGA